GUCUGUAAAUAAUAGAAUUACCAACCGAAACACUUCCAGCCAGCAUUGAAAACUAAAUUUAGUGACAACCAUGAAUUGGAUGAGGGAGGUUCUACCUCUAGUUAUAGUCUUUUUUCUAAGAGCUAACCUUUGGCUGUCGAAUGGAGUUAAAGUCAAGGAUACUGCCAGAUAUUAUGUCAACAGUCCUGUUUGUAAGAUGCCCUACGUGAAUCCCUUUACGGCGGACAUCAUGAGUCGUUUUCAUAAAAGAAAGAUGAAAGGCUGCCGAACUGAUGCUGAUAUGGUGACAAGUGAGUUUGACUUCAACACCCACCAGUACCGACUGCACAUUCACGAGCACCUGGCUAGACCUUUCCUCAAAACCAAGGGAAACGCCACCCUCGAAUGCGAAUAUUCAGAUAUAUCGCGUAACAAUUCAGCCGAUGUUCCGGACAAUAACUACGUGCAAUCCAAAAUGCAUCGCCUAACCAACCACGUUCUGGUUCCAAAAACCACGGACCAUAUCAUCACCAAGUGCUAUGUGAGGAAAGGCCACAGAAGGCGAAAAUUAAUCCAGUCAGACUCCAUGUCCUUUAUACAGGACCCUCUGACCAACGAUGGAAAGGUGGAGGACUUUGUGAGAAAGCAAAAGGUGGAUCCCCAACCCAGUGUCCUAAUCAUGGGUCUGGAUUCCACGUCGAGGAUAAAUUUUCGACGAACUAUGCCCUUGGUCUAUGAUUUUGUGAAGCAGCUAGGCUGGUUCGAAAUGCAGGGCUACACUAAAGUUGGUGACAACACCUAUCCCAAUCUUAUGGCCGUGCUGACAGGGCACUCGAGGUCAGGUAUAGAAAAAGUUUGCGAUGUGGAGGAGCUGGGCUGCCUGGACUCACUGCCCUUCAUCUGGAAGCGUUUCAAACAAGCCAACUACACCACGUUAUACGCCGAGGAUUGUAAGAAGAUCAACACGUUCAACUAUCUAAUGCCGGGAUUUAAGAAGAAGCCAACGGAUUACUACCUUCGGCCGCUACUGUUGGCCAUCGAGGAUCAGUUUCCCAUCAUCAAGGAGUGGGGAUAUGCCUACUGCGUGGGCCGGCACCUGAGCUUCAAGUAUGUGUAUGACUUUGGACAGCAGUUUAUCGAUCGGUUCUUGGGCCGGUCGCCAUUUUUUGGUUUCCUGUGGAGCAAUAGCUUCACCCACGAUCACUAUCAGGGGGCCGCUUCCUUGGACCAACUCUUCCGGCGAUACCUAAAGUCCUUUGAGGACGCUGGGCUCUUUAAGCGCUCCAUUGUGAUCCUGAUGAGCGACCAUGGUCAUCGAUACGGUCCCCUGCGCAAGGCGCCUACAGGAUAUUUGGAGGAGCGUGUACCCAUGAUGUUCAUCUAUGUGCCACCAUGGUUCCGGAAGAAGUAUCCGAAACUGGCGGCCAAUCUGCAUAAAAAUCGCAAUCGCUUAACCUCCAACUACGACCUCCAUAUGACCCUCCACCACAUACUUCAGUUGCACAGCAGGUCCAUGGCUGAAUUUCCGGAUAAGUACAAGUCCCAGAAGUGCAAAAGCUGUCAGUCCCUGUUCUUCGAAGUUCCCUUCAACCGCACCUGUGCAAUGGCCGGGAUCGAGGAGAAGUGGUGCUGCUGCCACCCCUCAGAAACUAUCCCCUUCACCCCAAAGGUGGCCCCCAUAAUAGACGCCAUGAUCCAGCGGAUGAACCGGCAUUUGGUGGAGCGAAAGUUCGAUCAUCUGUGCCACAAUUAUACUCUGAAGCAGGUAAUCAGAAUGGACUGGAAACCGGUUCUGGCCACGGGUCUGAGGCCCGCCGAUAAGGACGAACAUGUCUACAUAAUCGAGUUCAAAACACUACCUAACACUCCCGAGUUCGAAGCCACUGUCCGCUGGAACAAUCGCACCAAGGCACUGCUCAGCAUGGACAUGGAUGACCUCAGUCGUUUGAAUUCUUACGAAGAAGAUUCCAACUGCAUAAAUGACAAGAUAGCCAAGAAGUAUUGUAUUUGCAAUGAUAGCCUAAAAAAAUAAACUAUGGUUACUAGACCCCUGCCAGAGA